CUAACUAUACGCCACUACAACAAAUCACAUACCGGCAGCGGUAACUGUUGUGUUCAGUCCUACUAGUCGUUUCGUUAGUAAGAGCUUUGAACUAGAAAUAUUAAGUACAUUUAUUGUGUAAAUGAAAUAAUUUUAUGCUCAUAAAAUAACAAAAUACAUAAACAGCUUCUGCGACAUAUUUGCAAGGUUUAUACAUUCGGAAACUGCAAAUAUAAGAAACCUUAUAUUGUUUAUUGAUUGACUAUUUAUUGGUUGUGAUGAAUAGCUCGGCUGUAUAAAUGGUGCUAUGUGCAAAAGAUUUUAGAAGGAUUUUCGGUCCAGAUCCUGCAACCCGGAAGUUAUCGUAAAUGACCGUAAUGUUUGGAAAAAAGCGGCAUGUUGGAAAGGUAAAGAGUGGAGUGCUCGGGAGAUGAAAGGAUGGAGAGAUUAUGUUGCUUCUGAUGCUUAGACACACUGGAAAUCAUGAACAGCUAUAAUAUCUUAAAACAGUGUUUAAAAUGUUUAAAAGUUACCGAACCAAACAGGCGCUUUACAGACGCUAGCUAAUAUUUGCGUGAAAGUUAAAUUCAUCUGCAGUCACCUGGCAACAAAAACACCCACAACAACUUUUAACCUGCGGGAUCAUUUCACUGUCUAUCAACAAUCUGUAAAAUAACAGAGUCCUGUUUCACUUUAAUCAGAUGUCGUUCUGCCUGGCGGAGCUUCACUUUUGGUCCUUCAGGAGCAGCCUGCAAGUCCAAGAUAAAGAUAUUGGCACACACCAAUGCUAUGAUAAAGGAGAAUCAUUGUGUCCUUCAGAUCAGCAUUACUACAAUGAGAAACAGCAGUUCGCAGACAGUCGGGGUUACCCAUGGUUCCUUAGUAACCGUCGUCCAGAGAAGCUGCGUGAUGCCCUAAAGGAACUAGAGGAGCUGCUGCAGUCAAGCCAGAUCGUGAGUGUCAGAUGGAGAGCUAAGCAGUGCUGUCAGAUGCUGCUGAGAUCAGGUGUACUGGUGACUCUCAUUCUGGGCGGAGCUCAGGUUGAACGGGUGGUAAUUGACAGAACGCUAGUAGGGCGACUUCCUGCUGACACUAUCAGUGAUGCGGUGAUUGGAGAUCGCUUCCUGCUGUUCUCAUUGAUGGAGAGAAGUCAGGUGUGUCAGGUUUACCUGAACAGGAAGAACCAGAGCUCACCUGAGCUAACACGGCACAUGGAGAAACUCACAGCUGCUGAGAUUAAGGUAACACACGUGUCAGUAGUGGACGUACCAGGUGGAGGUCGCCGCGUGGAGCGCCGGAUGGGGCUGAACCAAGCUCAAGAUAUGGCUGUGUGCUGGUGGCCGCUCUGUAAUGAGGAGGUUAGACCUUGGUCUCCUAUUCCUAGUGCGGUGGAAAGAGCCAAUCUGGUACUGCUUGCCUGCUCAGUUACUCCAGGGAUUACGGUUCUGAGCUCUAUCCGAACUGAUGGAAACCCAAUAGACUGUAGAUUUAGCCUAACUCAACCCUACCAUAUCCUCACAGUGGAGCUGCACCAGGAGGCCAGUCACUCCGUGUCUGAGCUGCACAAGAAGCCCCAGCCUCUUGAUGUUCAUACCCAUAUCUACGAAUGUGCCCGAGGGCGUCUCCAAAAUGUAUCCAGCACUCCUAUACCCCUCACAUCCAAACCUAUAACCUGUAAUUAUGACCCAAUGGAGCGCUGGGUUCUCCUAGGGCUUCAGGACUGCUCUGUGGUUCUUUUUGACAGACAGACCGGCCUCUCCAUGUGGGCCACCUGUUCCAUGAUGCCUUCUUUGCUAGCAUGGCACCCUUCAGGAGCUUUACUGAUGGUGGGCGGAGGUCAGGGGGAGCUUCAGUGCUUCGACGUGGGGCUGUCACCUCUUUCUUUACGGCUAGUGAGUGAGGAACCGGCCCCUGGUUCUCUAGGCCCCAGCCUUCAGCUGUCCAGUCAUAUGAAGACCUCUAGUGGUCUGGAGGGCAUCCAGUGGGCCUGCUGUCCAAUAUCUCAGGGAAACGAUGGUCUGGAAACACACGACUCGCUGCUGCUUUGGUUUCAUGGAGGGCCGCUCGCUACUCUGAGACUAAGACUCGGUGUGUUUAAUGGAGCUCAGUUAGGCCCAGCUGAUCUGGUACAGCACCGUUUGAGCUGUGGAGAGGUUGAUGCAGCACUGGGAAUUCUGGGAAAUAUGGACUGGGCAAUAAUGGGACCUGAGUGUUACCGUUCACUUAUCUCUAUCAACAAUCACCUGCUGAGGAUGCCACUGGACCACCAGACUGAGGGUCAGUUAGAAGCAGCUCUGGGAAUGUUUUAUGCCCCAUCCAUACCCCUGUCAAACACUGUUAUACUGGAAUACAGAGACCCCAUCAGCAGAUAUGCCAGGCGAUUCUUCCAUCAUCUCCUCAGACAUCAGCGGUUCGAAAAAGCCUUUCUGUUGGCAGUAGAUAUUGGGGCCAGAGAUCUGUUUAUGGACCUCCAUUACGUGGCAACAGAUAAGGGAGAGCUGGUGUUAGCUGCUGUAGCCAAGAAGAAGGCUAAUGAAAUAGACGCGGAGGCACAAACAUCAGCACCAGAUGAAGGUCUGUCAACAUAUGAAAGCCGUAGUGGAGUUAAACUACCACCAGCCAGGAGCGAAAAAGAUGCAUCUGCCCCGAAACACUCAAGGCCGCAGUAUUUCAGAAUCUGCUCAGUUACUUGGAUUUCACGCACAACCAUUUCUAGGGUUUACAAAGAAUGGUGUGAAAAGGAAAAAACGUCCAGUAUGCGGCAGUCCUGUGGGCGAAAAAGCCUUGUUGAUGCUAGAGGUCAGAGGAGAAUGGGCCGACUGAUUUAAGCUGAUAGAAGAGCAACUUUGACUGAAAUAACCACUCGUUACAAUCGAGGUAUGCAGCAAAGCAUUUGUGAAGCCACAACAUGCACAACCUUGAGGCGGAUGGGCUACAACAGCAGAAGACCCCACCGGGUACCACUCAUCUCCACUACAAAUAGGAAAUAUAGGCUACAAUUGCACAAGCUCACCAACAUAGGACAGUUGAAGACUGGAAAAAUGCUGCCUGGUCUGAUGAGUCUCGAUUUCUGUUGAGACAUUCAGAUGGUAGAGUCGGAAUUUGGCAUAAACAGAAUGUGAACCAUCAUGCCUUGGGGGUCCAACGCAGUAUUAGUAUGGUGUUCCUAAUAAUCAUUUAGGUGAGUGUAUAACAAGCAUGCACUUAAUUAUCAUAAACUUCAUUAUCAUAAACUAAAACAAAAAGUUUAAAAAUGUUAGCAUGAACUAAAGCGAUGCAUAGAUAAAUUAAAUUAAAAAUAUCUAUAAAAAAGUGGAACUGUGGAUAACAAAGGCACUGCUCCUGUAUAGCACAGUUGGUAGUGCAUUGAGUAAACAGUGAAGAAGGUCAUGGGAUUGAACCCAGGAACACAUAUACAAGGUACAAGGUAAAAAUUGUUUGGAUAUAAGUGUCUGCCAAAUGCAUAAAUGUAAAAAAAAUUCCAAUAAAAUCUUUGAUAAUGCAAAUGACCGUAUGACCUUAAAUCUAAGACAUAUUUGCCUUUAGUUCCCCCAGUUUCCCCAAAGCAUCACAGUGAGAGUGUGAAGUGGAUUUGUGUGUGUUACAUGAGGAUUCUUUUUAUUGUCUUAUCCUCUCUGUCCUUCCAUUGCUGCUGACGUAGCUGCCAUUGACUCCAGUGAUGCUUUCUUUUUCUUUUCCUAAGCUCACUUUGUUUUCUUCAAAUCCUUCUCUCCUCAGCCAGUUCUGAGCGGACGGCCCAAAGAGGAUGGGCUGGGAUUAAAGGUUUUUUAAAACAUAAAAUAAGAAGUUCUGGGUAAUUUGGCAGCCUCAAUCCCACUUUACAGGCCUAUGCUGCUAUUCGACCACGUGCGAGACGUGAGAGAGCGAGAGAUGCUUCCACCCAGAUAAAUGUUAGCAGAGAGAGAGGAAAUCCUCAUCUCAUUUUUCCCUUUUUUGUUUGUUUUUUUAUUCUAUUUAGCCACACUAAUCUGGUCUCUGAUGAAGUUUUAUUGUUUCUUAUGCCGAGCCAAUAAGGCUUAGAGACACUGAGUCGAGCUUUAUUCCUGCAUUGUGGUGGCAGAGAAAAAGAGAUCGAGAGAAGGGGCACAAUGACUUGGUAGCAUCACCAUCAGUACUAAAUCCAGCACAGCACGCGGAGAGAGGCAAAGAGGGCGGAUAUCUGGAAACAUCCCAACGGUUUUCCAUCUUAUUCACUGACAUAUCUGUUUACAUACACAUCCUUUAAUUCAUAUUGCACACACUCCUAGAGACACUCUCCUUUUAAACCCGGCUCUUGGGCUCUGAAUUUGAGUGAAUCAGUACAUAUGCAUAGCCGUGUAUUUGUUUGUUCAGUUAGUUGUUUGGUGUGGGCUGCACCCUGUAGGCCUGUUUUUCUCUUUUUCUCUCCAUUCCUUGUAAGCACUGUGCAUCACUAAAGGCAACAAAAAUUGCUUCCGUCUCCAUCGCCAGUCGCACGCCGAAAAACGUAAUCGCUCAGCCCACAAUGUGACUGAUAACAUUCACGAGUCUCUCUCGUUUCAUUUAAUGGUACGGUGCAUUGGUGCCAGUGAUUUGUGUUUACGAAUACCCAUGAAUCCCCGGGAAAGGCCUUACUCCCACAUGCAGCCUCUUUUCGCUGAGGGUUGGACUUGAUGUUCUGUGUGUGUGUGUGUGUGUAUGAAAGAGAUCUGACUGCAGUAGUACACAUUGAUAUACUGUAUGGUGGUAAUGCCUUACAUAUCCUUGAGCACGAGUGCAUGUUUUGUUUUUAUGUAUGAAAUAAUGUAAAACGAUCUCUUUUCCUGCAGUAGGACUAGAGAAAUGUCAACUGCAGAGACUCAAGAUGACCUUUCGAACAUCCUAACAAGUCAUCACACCUGGCCUUGGAGAAACACAGGUGUGUAUGUGUCAUGCAUAGUGUUACAUUUAGCGAAUU